GUCGUCGACGACGACGUCGUCUCCUCCCUUGCGCCAGGACGCCACCCUAAUCUCCGUCAUCGCGCACCGCAGUGCCAUGUGAUCGUCUCGCCGUUCGAGAACGCGCUCGAUUAUGAACGACUUAUGACAGCACACGCGCGAACGAGACACUGAAGACGCUGACAAUUGUUGAAACUCGCUUUUCUCUAUGUAUCAUACAUGUGGAUGGACGAAAUUUUUUCCACAAUGAUCGCUUAUGACGAUUACAAAGCGCGCUGAAUUUUUGCGAGCGCGGUAAUCGAGAGACUCUUAAAUAUAUCUCGAGGAGUGGCGCGAGAAAUGGCAGGGCACGUCCGUGGAUGGAACCACGUGCGAGCAGUCGGUGCCGAAGCGAACGAUAGGUGUUGAAGUUGAAACUAACUAACUUGAUUAGGCAGGUGCGUGGUACGUACGGAGCAUGUAAGACAAUGCGGUGGUGUGGUGGUCCUUGCGAUCUCCUGCGGCGCAACAUUUUCGUCCUCCUGUUUCUGAUCGGCUGCAGCGAUGGCUAUUUUAAUAUAUUCAUCAGCCAUUCCCAGGUCAUGAAGCUUUUAGGAGUACAACUCGAGGCCGAGUUGUACUACGUGCGGGAGGGGGUGGUCAACACGUACGCGAUGAAGUUCGUCGUGCCUGUGCCGGCUAACAUAGCGGAUCUGGAAUUUUCAUGGCAGAGCCUCGUAGGACACCCGUUACCGUAUUCAAUGGAACUGGAUUACGACGUGGUACCGGGCGUGCCGGGUGGACCGUCUUCCGGGAUGAUGGCGUUGCUGCCACCGAGGGUGAACGUGUCCGCCAGAGGCGAGGUACCGGUCACCCUGCAGGUCUUCAGGAUCAGAUUGCCCUGCUCGGGUGUCGUUAGCGCCGAAAUUCCACUGGCGCUCAGAUUGAAUGUCACCGCGCCGCCCGGCACUAGGUACAACGACACCGUCUUAGUCUUCAAGAGGAACAAGAUCUGCUUGAAAGGUGUCGAGACUCCUCCCAGCAACGAUUCAGUACGCUUGGAGCCCGAUCCGCUCGUGAAUGGUGCCGGUGCGCUCUACGUCGCCGCCACGUGUGCUUGCGCCUUAAUUCUGGUCGUCGGCAGUGUCGCUAGCGCGUUAUACAUCCGCAACAGCAAGGCUCGCGUUCAAGAAUCUCAGAAAACUCUGCCCUGCUGCAGUUACUCCGCGGCCGACACCGGUGGCCUGGCCAGGAGUUCCGUUUUAGUUAGGGUCGACCCACGGCCCGGAAGCGCGAAUUCCGGAAGUUACGCCACCAUCGCCGACCUCGAGCCGCUGUACGCGAGGCCAUGCGGUUCCAGAGCCAGUUACUACGCGGCGAGCCACGUGACGCAUCUCAGCCAGUCGACCGAUCCAUGUGAGAAGGCCAGGGCACUCGCGAUAUCGAGAUCGGCGUUAUACUGCCGUACUCUCGUGCAGGAGGGUACUUUCGGUCGCGUAUACAAAGGAACUUUGGAGAUAGCCGGGCGAGAGCAAGAAGUCAUCAUAAAGACAGUCACAGAAGUCGCAUCCGCUUACCAAGCCUCUCUGUUGGUCGUGGAAGGCUCGCAACUGGCUGGAUUAGUUCAUACAAACAUCGCCUCUUUGGCGGCCGCUUGUCUGGACAGUUCGUGCCCUUUAUUGGCUUAUACGAGCACGCCCGGUGAGCUAAACCUGAAGGUCUACCUUACGGAUGGAAAUCACCAUCCGGUGACUAGAGACUUGGUGCACAUUGGUGCGCAAGUCGCUAGAGCUGGGGCGUUCCUUCACGGGCGAGGUCUGCUGCACAGGGAUAUCGCUGCCAGAAAUUGCAUAAUCGAACCGGGCAGCCUUCGUGUGAGACUAGCUGAUGCUGCCCUGGCUCGAGAUCUCUUCCCUCAAGACUAUCAUUGUCUCGGCGAUAACGAGAACCGACCCAUACGCUGGAUGGCCCUAGAGAGUCUCCAGCGCAACGAAUACAGCACGGCGACCGACGUGUGGUCCUUCGGGGUUUUCCUAUGGGAACUGGCGACACUGGGUCAACAGCCGUACGUAGAAGUGGACCCGUUUGAGAUGAUGGCGUGUCUCCGAGACGGAUAUCGGCUCGCUCAGCCGAGACCUUGUCCCGAUGAGCUCUUCGCCUGUAUGGAAGCCUGCUGGCUCAGUCCCUCCAGGGAUCGGCCAACCAUGCCGCAGCUGCUUGCCUAUUUGCAAGAUUUCCACGAUGCGCUCGGCGGUUUCAUUUAAAUCGUCUGUCCGCAAAUCGUCGAUUGCAACCCGAUCUGGCAUCGUUCGAAGGACCGACAGCGCGUACCGUCAUCGAUUCAGACUUAUCGAUUGCACAUCUGAUUAAAUUCGACAAUUAGAAACGUAUUUGGAAUCCUAUUGUAAGUUGCGAACGGUCGGAUGACGAACGCUGUCGCGGUCCGAAACGCCCAUUCCGAAACGCCGAAAGUACGUCCACUAAGUUCGCAAUCAAAUCGAAAGUUACGAAGGAAGAAUAGAAUCAAAGUCGCAUGGAAUUGAAUGUCGCUGCCCAUUUGCAACACACUGCCCUUAUCGAUAGGUAUAUCCGUUGCAACUAUGAUACGUACUGAUAAUUAUAUCUAUUCCAAGUUGAUCGUGAAUCAAAGUAGAAUAUUAACGAAAGAAGUCGCGGAAAAAAAAACUAAAUCGACACGGACACAUCCGUCCAUAGUAGUUAAAACGCAUAUACAUGAAGUGUAAUCGUUCGUAUUUGAGCGAUCCAUGCAAAAAUCCGGUUAAUAUCGCGCGAAAGAGCCUUAUCUUCGAUAUUACAAAAUGCGGAAACAAGUCUUUUUUUCUUAGUUCUUGACUAAGCAAAGCAAAUUUUACAAUUAAAUGCACAAUGUAGAAGCCAUCGAACAUCUAGGUGUUCUUUUUUAAUUUAAAUAAGACAUACAUUCAAAUUAAUAUUAUAUAAAUUUAAAAAAUCACAUAGACAUUCAAACACGUAGCCAAUUUCUACGCGAACGAUAUUUCAUAAGGCUUGCCAAGAAAUGGAGAUCGUUCCUAGUACAUUCUCCUUCCUAAGAAAAUCUCAUUUCACUUGGUUAAAUUCAUUUGAAAAUAUAUCUUACAAAGAUCUUAUAAUUCGCUGAUGCGGCUUUUGCCUGCGCCAGCUCUACAAUCUGGGCGCAAAAUGCGCCUGUGGCGUAGCUAUUCUUUAUUCUUUCGACACUGUUGUAACGCGAGAUUCAGGCGAAUGAAUAGAAAUGCCGUUCCUCUCAUCUGCUUUAAUUAGCGUCUGUAAACAGAUCGCCGUCUUAAAUUUUGAAUUAACUUGAUUUAAUUUAAUUAAUAAGUGGUAGAUAAAAGGUAUGCAUUCAGUUCAAUGAGGAAAGCUCCUUGGCUUUUUCAGCGUUUCGCGAGAACGUAAGAAUGAGACGAAGGAAAAUAGCGUAGCAGUCGAGACGAACAAAAUUUCUAAAAUUAUUAUUAGGAAUGCAUACUGCAGGAGUAUACGUUUUUUUAUUCGUAUUAAUGUACAUCUAGGAAAUAAGAUACAUCGGAACGAAAGUAAAACGUUAAAGAUCGAUAAAUCUUUUUUAAACAAUCGCGCCGUGUGAAAGAAUCGUAUUUGAUAUUAAAAUAUUAUAAUGUAUACAGGUCGAAAUUUUAUUACGUGGAAAAUUCUAAUAUCCUCUAACGGUGGAAUAAUUUUAUAAUCCUGAGAGUACGACAAUAUUAAUAUACUAAUAAAAUUAUGUAACGAGUUGAUACACACGCGCAUAUACACGCGUUCGUUACAUAAGACGGCUAUAAACGUGCAAGAUCGGUUAAUUAGGUCAGUUGGUUUCAUUCAUUCCGCUUCGCGCCGCUAUCGGACCUGCACGUUUUUUCUGUCAAACUGCCAUGCGCAAGUUUUCCGCUACGAAAUUGUCCCGACGAACGUCACAUAAACCAAGCGCGCAAGAAAGGCUCAUACGCGUGCAUACGACCCGAUCGAGUCCCGCUCGAUCGUUAUUCAUUAACAAUCGUGAUUGCGCAACCUCGAAUAAUCGCGAACCGGAACGAUGGAGUGUGGCAAAAGCGAAGCUCCGAACACUUAUUAGGAAUCCUAUUGUUGUAUCUGGAUAUUCGGUGAACACACGUUGUUCCGUAAAUGGGCGGUCGAACUAUACGUACUUUUGUAGUUAGGUACCUAUUAGCCACGCUGCGAAAAGCCACUUCGAAUUCCCGUGACUCGCGCCAACAACAAGCUCGAAUCUUGCAAAAUCGAUGCUGGAUCUUAAUGUCAGGUCUCAGGGGGAAAAUGGCCCCGCGCACAAAAUUAUCUCGAUUCCUAUACCUCGACGCUCGAUCCUUUCGAUUGCACCGUCGACUCGCAAUGAUCUCUCGUGUUGACAGUCUAAAAAGCGUUAAAUAAUUGAACAAUAAUAUUUAUUAAAAGAAAUAGAAGUUAGCUUAGUUUGAUGGGAUUAUUCGUCAAAGGAAAAUGCAAUGGUUCCAAAAUAUCUUUUUAAAUCACUGAAAUCUGUUCAUAGCUAACAUUGCGAAAAUAUGUUGACACAAGUAAAUUUUAUUUGGAUAUUAUAAUGGAUAUUGAUCACAAAGCUAAAUAUUUAAUUAGUGACAUUAUUUAUACAUUUUAUUCGGUAUUCAGUAAAAGGAAAAAAAAAAAAAAUAUAUAUAUAUAUAUAUAUAUCUACAUUCUAUAUUUUAAAAUUUAAAUUGUAUUGCUAAGUGGGACGUCCUUUCAAUUGAAAUAUGCUAUCAUUGAUGUUAAAUCGAUAUUUAACAUUUCCCUUUGUCGUUUGAAUUUUUACAAGGUGUUAUUUUAUUGUUUGUUGUAAAUAUAAAAUUACCACAGAUGUCAGCGACGAACACGGUGAAAGGUUUUGCCAUGACAUUUCCAUCGUAGAAAGACAUUACCGAGGGAAAUGGAGUUAGAACCUGCUGGCUGGCUGCUUCUGACGGUUAAAAGAUAUAAUUAACAUUUACUUUAACAUCAUAAAAAAAUUAAGGAUAUAUUUAUUAAUAUAUUUAUUAAUUUUAAUUUGAUUUUAUUAAGUAUACUGGUCCAGGUGUACCUAAAUACUGUUUGUAUCACUAAAAUUGUACUUCGCAAAGUGAGUCGCUCUAAACAUUAUAUUACACAUUCUAUGAGAACAUAACGUUGACAUACCAAAGCGUAUUACAUCGCAUUAGUUCAAUUGCGCUCCAUAUCUUUUCUGUUGCAAGCGCAAUUGCGCAAGUAUAGUAGCUAAAGCUGAUAAGGCGUACGAACGAGACGAGGGACUAGAAAACACGUUUAUCGAUGUAUUAAACACAUACGCAAUACUGAUCUCACAGGAUAAAAUUAAACUAUGCAGGAGAGCCACUUUGCAGCGCGCGUACAACAGGAUAUUCUAGAUUCACCCGCCUUUCCUUUUAACAGCAGAUUCUUUUGCGGUAAGAUUAGAGAAUGCAACGUCGAUCAAUAUCGAAUAGUACAUUUCCCAUUUCUUUUUAAUAUUAAUUAUUUUUGUCAUUAGAUUCCGAACUCCUGGUAAACAAAUUUUGAAACUGACCGUGUCCGAAGCCUUAUUACCUGUUUACAUUUUCACAACUUUAUAGUUCUAUUAAGAGGAAGUAUAACAGGUACUCGAUCUUUUGUGUUGUAAUAAAGCUUCAAGACGCGUUAAAUAAUAGGCACUAAAAAUAGAAGCAAAAAUGUAAUUUAACUUCGUGGAAUUGUUUGUUAAGGGGAAAACGCGAUGGCAGAAUAACUUUGUAAACUCGCGUUCGCACUCAUUUAAGCAAUCUGUUUAUUCGUGCUCGUUCGCGUUCGUGUAUCCUUUGUCUAGAUUCGGCUUCAUGCGAGUAACAGGUGCAAAUCGAAAACACGAGCGAAGAUUACGCAUUUGCGGCGCGAGGCAUACGUAAGAUACUUUUUAAAUGUACUCGAUGUGUAAAUGUCGCAUGUUCCUGACCACGACCAGAAACUUUAUCUCGCACUCGUCUUUUACUCAUCGUUUCCUGCGCCCCCCUCCCCCCUCUUCCCUUAAUCCGCUCUGUCGAUUUACCGCGCAAACCACGUUACGAGAACGACUCUCACGAUUUGUCUCGUACUGCUGUCAGACGCAUCUACUAAUUAUCGAUAUUGCUAUUUAAUAACUAUCGCUCGCUAUACUAUUUAUCGCGACGCUCUAAAGUCGCGCGUUUAAAGAAAUCGUCGGAUUCUAUGAUGUAUUCGUGAAUGUCUUUUGAAUGGAGGAACAGGGUAGGCUGUAACUGCACACUUUUUCGCUAUCGCUGUAUAAUGGAAUCGCUGCUCGUUUCCGCGCGCGAACAUAUACGUAUAUAUAUAUAUACUCAUCUUUUCCUAUAAUCACUCUUCCUCCCCUGUUGAGAAAGAAAAUCCGGUGGCGCUGGGGAUCCGGUUGUCUCCACUUCGAUAUCGUUCCCUCGCGCCUUCAGGAAUGAAAACCCCUCUUCGGACGACAGUUCCAGUCAUUGUAAAUAUUUGUAGCGAAUAACAGCGGUGCGCCGCGCGUGAGAGUGAGGAAAUGAGAGAGAAAGAGAGAAAGAAAGAACGAAAGAGAGAAAGAGAGAAUGAGAGCGAGAGAGAAAGAAUGAGAGUUGAUUUGUGCAGAUUCUAUUAUUUCCUACGACGAUUUACGGCAUUAUUUUUCAACGGAAAGUGAAAUAUACGUGUUAAAAAAA